UUCGAUUGGACAGCUUAAAAAAUAGAAAAUAUUGUCUCAUGUUUGAUCACACAAAGGUUCGUUUUCUUCAUUUAAAAAGAUCUCAUUAAAAACGACUGGAUAUAUAAAUCAUUAGGGAAUCCUUUUUAGCAAAAGACCAAAAAUUCACUUAAGCUAAGCGGUAUGAAGUUACAAGUGAUUAUAAUAGCCUUAAACUGUGUGUUUAACCUGAGCUUUUGCGCCGACGAUUCUCGCGAAUUUAUUACAAUUGAUGGAAUCAAAGUUCAAAUAAAAGACAAAAGCAACGCUUUAGAGACACCAGAAAAGGCGAAGAAAAAAAUCAAGGAAACUGAAAGCAGCCAAGACAAGAAAGAAGAUUUCUACGAGGAUCCCUUAACAGAAGAAGAUCUUGAAGAGGAUGACGAGGAGACUACCCGACAUUUACCGACGCCAUGCCACGUUUGUAGACUCCUAGUAGCCGAAGUCGAGGAUGGACUUGCAAAAUUUGGAGAUGUACGAAAAGAGAGAGUAAACAAGCCACCGAUAUACUGGAAAGAGGAGAGAGUAAUGCUUCUUGCAAUUGAAGAUCUGUGCGUUAGAAUGCGCAAGUACAAUGUUCGGAGAUCACAUCCGUUCAGGUACAAAAAAGGAGUCAAAAGCACGUUCAGACGCGAAGUUGAAGAACUAACAUCAGCCUCGAAAAUACCUAAGUUCGUCUGGCUUACACCGGAAGAGAAUCUUGACGAUCCGACAGGCGAGAUUGGGCGGCUAGAGAAGAAGUGUAAAAAGAUGUUGGUCGCCGAACAACACAUGCUCGUACAUUGGUUCAUGAAGGAGCAGUCACGUGACCUGACCACGUGGCUCUGUGCCAACAGAGUGCUGAUCGGAGAGGACCAAGCUCUAUUACCUCGAGUGUUCCACCAAACGCCACCAUAGAGCCGAGCAGUACAAUCAUGGAGGUGAAGAAAGGACCUUUGGACGACACCAAGUCCGGAUCGGUCAUGUACUACAACAAGUGACAAAAAAAACUCUUUGAAAACAACAGCUUUAAGGUUUAAUGUUGGUUCUCACUUGGACAUAAGCGCAAGCGCAGCGCACGUAAUUUUCCGAUUCUCACUGGAACGUAGCUUAAGAAAACGCAACUGCUUGAUUUUCUUGCGCUUAUGUUUGACCGAUUCUCACUUGUGUUGCGUUUCCGUUUGCGUCGUAGUGAGAACCAGCCUUGAGAGAUAUUAUACACUGCUGUUAUAAUAAAGAACACCAUUGAGUCA